AUGACUUCGUCCGCGAUCGAGCUCCUCCAAGCCCACGUUACGCCUUUCAACUCUAUUACCGAAGAUCGCGAUACGAUAACAAGAUGCUUUGAUAGCUUCGGUGACUGUAAAGUCUUACUCAUUGGCGACGCUUCCCAUGGCACCUCCGAAUUCUAUUCCGUCCGUGCCGAGAUUACAAAGCAUAUGAUCGAGCACCAUGGCUUUAACAUCGUGGCUGUCGAAGCCGACUGGCCUGAUGCCGAACAUGUAGAUCGAUAUGUCAGGCGUCGGCCAGGACCAGGACAAGGCACAGCAGAGACGGUUCAGAUGGCAAAGAAGGAGGGAAGAGAACCAGCUUUCUUACGCUUCCCCACGUGGAUGUGGCGCAACAUGGAAGUCCAUGACUUUGUGGAAUGGCUACGGGAUUACAACUAUGGACGGGAGGAAGGUGACGCCACUGGGUUUUAUGGUCUGGACUUAUACUCCAUGGGAACAUCCAUGAAGGCGGUCAUCGACUACCUUGAUACUGUCGACAAGGAAAUGGCAGAGCUGGCACGAGAACGAUAUGGUAAAUUGAUGAGCUGGGGCGACGAUCCACACGAGUACGGACUUGAGGUCUUGACGACCGCUUUUAAGGGGUACGAGAAGGAAGUUGUUGAUAUGCUUAAAGACCUCUUGAGUAGGCGGAUUGAGUACUCUGCCUGCACCCGUGACGGUACCGAGUUUCACAGUGGCGAGCAGAAUGCAAGAGUUGUCAAGGAUGCUGAACACUAUUACCGGGCCAUGUACCACGGUCGUGACGAAUCGUGGAAUCUCCGAGACACGCACAUGUUCCAGACUCUCGUACGAAUCCUCAAACAUCGCGGCGACAAGGCCAAGGCCAUUGUCUGGGCACAUAACAGUCACAUCGGCGAUGCUCGCGCAACCAGCAUGGGCUGGUCCCGAGAAGAGCUCAACAUCGGUCAGCUCUGCAAGGAGACGUACGGAAACAGAGCACUCAACAUUGGGACCGGUACUAAUACCGGCACUGUGGCUGCUGCGAAGCGCUGGGAUGGGGACAUGCAGGUCAUGCGAGUUCGACCAGGGCUUUCGAGUAGCUACGAAGAACUGAUGCACGCGACGGGCAUUCAGAAUUUUGUGCUGGACCUGCGUGCAAAGAAGUGUGAUGAGCGGCUUCGGAAAACUCUCUGUGAGCGUCGUCUGGAGAGGUUCAUCGGGGUGUUGUACAAGCCUGCUACGGAAAAGCAGUCGCAUUACUCGACCGCGGUCUUGCCGGAACAGUUUGAUGGAUUUAUCUGGUUUGACCAGUCGAAGCAUGUUGCGACUUUGGAGGUUCAUCAGCCAAAGUCGCCUCUUGAGUAUCACGAAACCUGGCCGUUUGGGUUGUAA